AUGAAAUUCUUCAUCGUCUUCGUCGCUCUCAUCGCCUCCGCCUCGGGUUGCUUCAACUUGUUCGGCGGUGGUGGAUGUGGAUGCCCCCCACCAUGCCCUCCACCAUGCCCGCCACCAUGCCCACCCCCGUGUCCACCACCUUGCCCACCACCUUGCCCACCCCCGUGUCCACCACCAUGCCCACCACCGGCCCCAAGCUGUUCUCCAGCUCCUUCAUGCGGUGGUGGAUGUGGUGGAAAA